AUGAACAUCUUCCGCAUCCUGGGGGAUGUCUCCCACUUGCUGGCCAUCAUUAUUCUCCUGCUGAAGAUAGUGAAGUCCAAGUCCUGUGCUGGAAUCUCUGGGAAGAGUCAGGUACUUUUUGCCCUCGUCUUCACAACCCGCUACCUGGACCUGUUCACGAAUUUCAUCUCUGUCUAUAACACUGUGAUGAAGGUCAUUUUUUUGAUUUGUGCCUAUGUCACCGUGUAUAUGAUCUAUGUGAAAUUCCAGAAAACAUUUGACAGCGAGAACGACUCCUUUCGCCUCGAGUUCCUGCUGGUCCCUGUCACAGGCCUGUCAUUUCUGGAGAACCACAGCUUCACCCCCUUGGAGAUCCUCUGGACCUUCUCCAUCUACCUGGAGUCCGUGGCUAUCCUUCCUCAGCUCUUCAUGAUCAGCAAGACAGGGGAAGCAGAGACCAUCACGACACAUUACCUUUUCUUCCUGGGUCUCUACCGUGCUCUCUACAUUGCCAACUGGGUCUGGCGUUACCACACAGAGAAUUUCUACGACCAGAUCGCUGUGGUUUCUGGGGUGGUACAAACCAUCUUCUACUGUGACUUCUUCUAUCUCUACGUCACCAAAGUCCUAAAAGGAAAGAAGCUAAGUCUUCCCAUGCCAGUUUGAAGACAUCCCACAGGCAGUGCAAGAAAUUCCAAAGACGAAGCUGUUUUAAGAUCACAGCUUUCCUUCCCUGGCCCUUUUUGACUAAUGGAUGGCUCAGCUGAGUUUCAACCUAGUGCCAGGAAGACAAGGCUUGGAAAACUGAAAUGCUUUCAAUCCAUCAGACUCUUCCCCUCCCUUUUUUUUUUUAUUUCUUCUCACUUGAAUUUGGUGCUAGUGCCGGCCAAUACUGAAAUAGUGCAAUUUCUUCUCUCCCAGCUCUUCCCAGCAUCUACAUCCAAAACACCCCUCCAUCGUGACCCUGAGGAAGGAAAGUCCACGAAGGAAAAUGUCACUCUAGUCCUUCAGCAAGUGCCCAUAGUAAAGGGAACAUGUGGUAAUAAAGUCUGUUAACUUAACGGACCCAUUUCACAGGUGGCCAUGUCUGACAAAGCAGAUGCUACAAACUGUGUAACUCUGAAUUUUCAAGAGGGUGUUAGUUCAUACAUUCUGCCUGACCCUCUCUCUAUUCAGGCCCUGUAACAGCUAAGAAAAACACACUGCCCUUUAAAUAACAUGAAUCUUCUAAUUCCACAAGUAUUCAAACAUCUUCCCCGCUCACUUAUUUUCAGUUUC